AGAGAGAGAGAGACGCAAUGGCCCAAAGAAGAAAAAAGCCCAAUAAUAGUAAGUAGAAAGCCCGACACAGAGACAGGGCAGAGGAAGAGGAAAAGCUGUUCGUCUCCCCAACCCCAACCGCGACGAACUAGGGCGACGGGCCAUCGCCGUCGUCGCCGCCGCCGCCGCAGCUCGCGCUCGCUCUCCUCCUCUGGCGCCGUUCCUCUUUCUCCUGCGUCGCCCCAUCGACCUCGACCGCUCAGCGUCUGUUUGUAACUUUCUGUUAUGGGUGACUACACCAUCCAGAUUAGCACCAAGCUAAUCGACCAGCUUGCUCGUGAUGACGAGAAGAUCAAAAAGAAAACCAGGAAACCCAAGCCUAAGAAGACUGUCAAACAACAUCAACAAGAGCCCCAGGACAACUCAAGGGAACUCCCAGCUUCUGAACCCAAGGCUCCUCCUGGCUGGCCACUGCAGCCUCCCAUGUAUCUCCCCGUAACCCCUGCUCCUCCACCACCCCCACCUGCUUUUUCAGAGCUGGAAGCCAUCCGUGCCGUUCUGGAAGAGAGCGAAAAGGUUCAGGAGAAGCUGGAUAAGCAGCAUGCUGGGAUGCGUGAUGAACUCAUCAAGAAAUCAAAAGACCUGCGUGACAAGGAGUUCAAGCUGCCGUACCAAAACCCCACGCCAUGCACUGAGGAGAGGUCAAACUGCCGCCAGUGUUACGUGAGCAAUGCACAGGACCCACUCAAGUGUGCUGAGGCAGUCAAGAGAUUUGAAGCAUGUGUUCGCCUGGCGAGGCAAAGGGGCAACACAAAAGUUGCUCAGUAGCCCUGGAAGAUUUGUGAUGAGGAAAGAACUGAUAUACGAUUUUGCUUUGCUGUGAUGAUUUAAUAACCUGGAAUUUUGAUGAGACCUAAGACAUAUUUCUACAAUUCUAAUGGCAUCGCACCAGGCUAGGUGAGGAAGCUACAGAUCCUUGAGUUUAGGGAUUCUGUAUUGCAAAUAUUGGGUAAAAAUGAAACAUGAAUUCUGGGUGUUUUUCUCUGAUUGGUAUCAUGAGUGAAAGCGUUAUCCAUACAUAAUCUAUGCUGUUGCCAUUUGCGUUUUGCAAAA